AAAAGGUUUAUACAAGAUGGCAGACAACCCGUACGAGGAGAAGCUUCAAGCUGCAGAGCUGAUGUUCGAUGACGAUUCAGAGGAGUGUGUUCGACUGGCCAAGCUUAAUCUGAUCGAACCCGGCCUCCCUGCCUACUACGACAUCCAGAACCGCAUUCUCAUCUCGACUGCGUCUGAGUACUGGAAUGAGGCCCACGAGUGGAGGCAAGAUGCUCAUCGAGCAUAUCAGAAAUUUCAUACGAGGGCUUUACGUGCGCAAGAUAUAGCCACGCUGGAGUCACUGAAGCACCUCCCAGAGGAGUUGGAGGAGUUGGAAGAGAUAGUCGAGGGAUACCUCACUGAGAUCAUAGACAAGGAGUAUGAGGGCAUGCCGCAAACGCCUCCAGAGGAGAGGUUGAGGAUUUUCUACGACGGUGAAGCAUCCGAUGUAUCCAACGACGAAGCAGAAGACGAACCUGUUGUCGAGACCGAACAGAAGGAAUUCAUCCUCUCGUUUCGCGGAGGCUAA